AUGGCAACUGCUUCCGUCGAAGAUAUUAAGCUGGAAGAUAUUCCCGUUGACGACAUUGAUUUUUCAGAUCUUGAAGAACAAUUCAAUAUUGAUUCACAGAUCAAUUUUGACAACUUUGUCGUGGUUGAUGGCGCGCCUAUUGCACCUGAGUCUAAAGUUCCUGUCUUGACGAAGGUUUUAACCAAGUUAUUCUCGCAAGCUGGUAACAUUGUUGACAUUAAUCUUCCUUUAGAUGAGGAGAAGAAAAGUACCAAGGGAUACCUCUUUAUUGAGUUCGACUCUGCUGUCGCCGCCAAAAAGGCUAUAAAGCUUUUGAACGGAAAAAAGUUGGAUGUAAAACACAGAUUAUUCGUCAAUAGCUUGAAUGAUGUGGAAAAGUACGGUACUGAAGAAUUUGACACUGAGUUUCACGAACCAAAGUUGCCCGAGUUCAACCCAACCGAGUACUUGAGAUCUUGGUUACAGGACGAAAAUGGAAGGGAUCAAUUUGUCCUUCAAAAGGGUGAUAUGACCGGUGUGUUCUGGAAUAGAAAUGCCCAACAGCCAGAAAAUGUCGUUGAACCAAGGAAGAACUGGUCCAACACUACAGUCAAAUUCUCUCCAAAGGGUACGUACUUGUUUUCUUUUCAUAACCAGGGUGUAGCUUCGUGGGGUGGUAAGAACUUUGAUCGUUUGCAAAGAUUCUUUCACCCACAAACAAAAGCUUUGUCAGUAUCACCUACCGAAAAGUACUUGGUGACGCUUUCUCCUCAACCAAUCGAGGUUCCGGAAGACGCGCCUGAAGACUUCCCUUUCGGCCCAGAAUCUAAUGGUCACCAGCUUUGUGUCUGGGAUAUUGCGACAGGUGUGUCUGUGAAAACAUUUGCUCUGCCACCGGGCCAAAAAUUGCAUUGGCCAAUGAUUAAGUGGUCUUUUGAUGACAAAUACUGCGCACGUCUGGGACCCAAUGCCCUAGCUGUUUACGACACUGAAAAUAACUUUGAAUUGCUUGGAGGCAAAGUUUUGAAGAUUGAUGGUAUCGUGGACUUUUCCUUUGCACCAACUGGUGUCAAGCUUGCCGUCAACAGAAACAAUGAAUUGUCUUCAGUACUAGCAUACUGGACUCCAGAGUCCAACAAUCAGUCAUGUAAGGCUACCAUCAUGGAGAUCCCUACCAGAAGAAUUUUGAGAACAGUUAACUUGGUACAAGUUUCAGAUGUGACCUUGCACUGGCAAAAUCAAUCCGAAUACUUGUGUGUUAAAGUUGACCGUCACACAAAAUCCAAGAAAACCUUGUUUACAAACCUAGAGAUCUGUAAAUUGACGGAGAAAGAGGUUCCUGUCGAGAAGGUCGAAAUGAAAGAUCAUGGCUUAAGAUUUGCCUGGGAACCAAAGGGUAACAGAUUCAUAACAGUUUCAGUCACAGAAACAGCUGAUGACAAUCCUUCCAUCCCUAAGAACGUUGUUACGUUCUACGCUCCAGAACAAAAAGACAAGAAAGCUGUGAAAAAGGAAGAACUUACGAAAUGGAUUCCUUUUGCUAAAGUGGAAGGCCAAUUUUCAAACACUAUCUCAUGGUCCCCAGCUGGUAGAUUUGUUGUUGUUGCCACGCUUGUCACUCCAGACACACGUAAGGCAGAUUUUGACUUUUAUGACCUUGACUUUACUGGCGAAAAAAGUCUCAACAACGUGAAAACUGUCGCCGCUAAUUUAAUGGAUGUUGCUCACCCAGAUUACUUCAGCGCAACUGAUAUGCAAUGGGAUCCUUCUGGAAGAUACGUGGCAGUGUGGUCCUCUGCUACUAAGCACAAGCUUGAAAAUGGUUACAAAGUCUUCAACAUUGCUGGUGAUACCGUUAGGGAAGAAAUGAUUGAUGGCUUCCAAAACUUCGUGUGGAGACCAAGACCAGAGACUCUUUUGACUAAUGGUGAGAAGAAGAAGGUCAGAAAGAACCUAAGAGAAUGGUCUGCUCAAUUUGAGGAACAGGAUGCUAUGCAAGCAGACAGUGCCAUGAGAGAACUAAUUCUAGCACGUCGUUCUAUGCUUGAAGAGUGGACCCAAUACAGAGAGAAUAACACAGCAGUUCUUGAAGAAGAGUAUGGUUUCGAGACCUACGACACCAUUGUUUUGGGCACUUCUGAGGAAGAUUUCCAGGUUGUGGAAGAAAUCAAAGAGGAGAUUUUGGAAGAAAAGGAGGAGGAAGUUGAUUCUUUCGAAGAGACCGAGGAGGCCAGCUAA